AUGGAAAAAGGAAUUUCUUUAACUUGCACCGAAACAAGACAGUCAUUAGAUACAGAUGAAUUAGGGCCAUUGCCAAUGUGCCCAAGACAAAGCUUUACAACUGAUGUAUUACGUGGUCAAUAUCUCAAGUCAUGGAAUUAUCCUGUUGAAAUGGAUCCAUGGACAGAUUUAUCUAAAUGCAUGAAAUUUAUAGCAAGAAAUGGAUGUAUUGGAAAAUGUCGACCUAUUUGGAUGCAGCGCACUCUAGAUUGUAUAUCACGUACUGCAACACCAAAACAAAUAGUUCAUAUGCUGAAUGGCUAUGCUGAUUUAUACAACCUCGAACUUAAUAUUAUACAAUUUACUGAUGAUCUUCCCAUCUAUAAUCAGGAUAUUCGUGCAUAUCGGGGAACUUCGAGCAAAAUCAAACGACAGAAGCAUCAUCGUAAUAUUGCUUAUAUCAUGUAUGAUUCUAAAAAAUCCUUAUUUGCUCCAUGGUAUGCCACUCAUGCUGAUGGUCGACCUCAAACAUGUUUUGCUGCUGACGAUGAAAUUAUUAUGGAUCAUAUAGUGAAAUUAAUUAAGGAACGAAAUUUUGAGAUAUCUCAAAAUUCAGCUUCACAGACAGAUCAUAUGAUCGGCAACGAUGAUAUUUCAACAUAUCGUGAAGAAUCACAAAAAACAGAUAAUUUAGACGCUCGAUUUCCUUCAAGAUCAACUGUUCAAAAUCAAUUUGUUGUGAUCAAAUCCAAAGACAGCAGAAGUGAUAUUCAUCAUGCUUCUCAAAUUAUUGUUCAAUCGGAUUCAUAUAUUUUUUCGGAAGAAAUUACGACAGAUCCAAAAGAUUCAAUCGGUAAUAAUUUCAAUUUAUUAUUUGGUACAGAUUCAGGUGGAAAAGUAUACGAACAAUUUGAAAUCAUGACAAAAUCUUUGAAUCAACUCCAACAUCGUCAUCAACAAGUUGAUGAUACUACAUCGAUGGAAACAGAUGAUCGACAACUGUCGACUAAUGAAAUUUUGAAAGAAGGAGAAUGGAUUUCGAAAAACGUUAUGACAAAUACGGCCCAAAGUAAAACUGGCCACGCAAAAAAUCAUAUUUGCUCUUCGAAAAAUAUUGUUUCCCAUAUUCCCAUCUGUUUAUUUCAAAGUACAACGAGACCAGCAACAAUAAUCAGGCCAGAUGUUCGGACAAGCCAUGGUUCAGUAGAAACUUAUGAUGCACCAAAUGUGAAAAGACAGCCAAAACAUCAUCGACGUGUUCGCAUGUUACAGGAUGUAGCAAAUAAGAAAUGUCCACUUGUGCAAGCAGGUGAAGGCAAGAAACAAAGAAAGUAUCCUGAGAUAGAAGUACCUAGUUACGGUGAUGGCGUACAACUUUAUGUUCGUGUUCGAGUUGUCACAGAAAAUCGACAUCGACAUCCUUGCCAAACAGUUGUACCUGAAAAUGUGCGUGUUGAUUGGACAUUAAUGCAAGAUAAAAAUGAACGAAGUUGUUUACAGUGUAGUUCGGAUAGUUUUGAUCCAGUAACUGAAUCUGUCUUUUUAAUAAUUACUGAUGACGAACGAAAAACUCGUCGAAAAAUGCAAUAUGGCCCAUCAAUGACAGAAAUUAUUGAACGUGAAAAUCUUCGACUAUGCAGACUUGAAUUUCAAUUAUGUAUACAAAUUACUUCUAGUCAAUAUCAGCUUGUGUCACAUCCUUCCUAUACAUCAGUCAUUGAACUACAGGAUGGAGAUGUAACUAUCGAUUCAACUAAGAUCGAACCAAAAGAAUUAUGUGAAUUGGGUGGUGAAAACAUUACUGUACCAUUAAGUGUUAUAAGUCGUAAAAAAGGUAUGAUUACAAAUAUGGAUAAAUAUCAAUUGGAUUUAAUUGAAAAUUCUUCUAGAUUUUCACAUUGA